AUGCUCGCACUGUGCUUCACCAACUUCAGCCGGAUACCCCUGACCUUGGCUGUGAUAUUACUAUGUUCUCUAAUUCAAUGCCAGCAGUACGGUCAAGUAGAGUUCCGCAUUAAAGAGCAAAUGCCUUCAGGAACCAACGUUGGAAGCAUUCGGGAAAAAGCUAAAAUCGUCGAUAAGGUCAACAAAAACGAAUUGUCCAACCUGAGUUUUAAAUUUCUCAACCCUAACAAUCUGCAACACACGGCAUCUUUGUUCAGUAUCAACAGUGAUAAUGGCGCUAUUUACACAACCGCAAUGAUUGACAGAGAAAGUGUCUGUCAGUUUCAGAAGACUUGUAAUGUGGAGUUUGAAGUCACCGUCACCUCGUCGGUGUCGAAAUUCUUUGAAAUUGUCAGCGUUCGAAUCAUCAUUGAAGAUAUCAACGAUAACACCCCUCGGUUUCCCAACGAUGAAAUCACCUUGUACAUUUCUGAAUCGGUCAAUGUGAACAGCGAAUUCCGAAUCGCCGGCGCCACGGAUAAAGACACGGAUGAACAGAACUCGGUUCGGAAAUAUGAAAUGAAAUCUGACUACAGCGAUAUGUUUGAGUUGAAAUCUGAGAUGAAAUUAGACGGAACUUGGGAUUUGUCAAUUGUGAUUUUGAAACCCUUAGACCGGGAGAAACAGGGCCAUUACCUGUUGUAUAUUAUUGCCAAAGACAACGGGGUACCCCCUCGGGCCGGAAAUGUGACGGUUCAUAUCAACGUCACAGACACAAACGAUAAUUCGCCCAUGUUUACAGAGAAUACUUACGAGGUUGCGGGAUGGCAAUGUUUCUGUCGGAGCCAAAAUAACAACCCUGACCUGCACAGUCCUAGCAAGGCGGAUGGUGAUAGUGCAGUUAGUUCCCUCGUCUCCCAAUAUGGUGAGUCUGGGAUUGACCAGUCAGGUGUACAGACACAUUAUGUGUUUGCAUCACAAGCAGUAUUGAUCUUGAGCAUACUGGAUAUCGGCAACACCCCGCCUAGGAUCUCCGUCAACGCGGUGCCAAACCCCGACGGCAACACCCUAACUAUCUCGGAAGCGUCCCCCUUGGAGUUAGUGGUGGCCCAUGUCCGUACCGACGACAGGGACACGGGACUCAACGGAAUCGUCGACUGCUCCAGCGUUUCUCCCAAAUUUAACGUGCGUCGAUUUGAAGGCAGCGGAUUUCUGGUCGAGUUAGCCCAACAGUUGGAUCGAGAAGCCGAAGAAGAAAUCAACGUUACGAUUGUUUGUGAGGACAGAGGCACUCCAAAAUUAGCGGCAUAUGGGUGGUUUCUGAUCAAGCUACUGGACGCUAAUGACAACCAUCCAGUUUUUACAAUGCAGAUUUACCGAGCGAAUCUAACAGAAAACAACCGGAAGGGGGAUACUGUGCUAACUGUUAAAGCUUACGAUAAAGACCUCGGAGAUAACGCCAGGAUUCGGUAUUCUUUUUCCGUCGACGGAGAUGAGCCCUCUUUUGUGAUUGACAGUAUCACAGGGGAGAUCACGGCUGGUCAGGAGUUUGACAGAGAGACCAUUUCUCAGAUCGGCAAGACGUCAGUUAUCGUUGAUAUUAUCGACCAGAAUGAUAACUCUCCGUAUUUCAGUUCUUCGUUGGAGUUUCAAGUAGCCGAGAAGCUUCCGGCGGGGUCCAAAGUGGAAACUCUUGAGGCUAAUGAUCGUGAUGAAGGUCCAAAUGCAGAAGUCGUUUUUUUCAUGCCUGAUGAAGGUGUCGACUCUGAACAUCCCGUUCCUUUCGUUGUGAUAUCAAACGGAAUUAUUCGAACUGCUAAUAUCUUAGAUAAGGAUAAGAAGGAUUCGUACAGAUUUCCCGUUAUUGUGAAGGAUAAGGGUAAUCCUCCUCGAUCCUCUUCUGCAACAGUGACGGUCCACGUGAUUGAUUCCAAUGACCACAGUCCACAGUUUAUAUUUCCGUCACGGCUUAACAAUACAGUGAGAUUCCGGUCUGAUACACCACCGGGUUCAGUAGUAGCUCGACUAAUUGCCACCGACAAUGACGUUGGUCGCAACGCGCGACUCAAAUACAGCAUAGUGGCUGGCAACCACGAGAAAGUUUUCGUGAUCCCAGAUCCCCACUCAGGUGAGAUCAGGCUUACAAAUGACACGGAAAUACUUUACGGUCUACAGACUGGGGUAUUUCACUUAAAUGUCACGGUUCGGGAUCAGGGAAUCCCUGUUUUAGACGCCCAAGCGCUUCUUGUUAUACAGAUCGAUUACGUCAGCGGUCGUGGAAUGGGCCGGACGCGAUCUGACGAUGGGAGUUUAGCUUCAACGCUGGAUGAUGACGACAUUAAAUACAUCGUUAUUGCUGGUGUUAUCGGUGGCAUUACUGUUAUCAUUUCAGUUAUUAUCGUUACCAUCAUCUUACUAAUGAGGAGGCCGGAGAGAAACGCGAGGACUUCUGGAGUAGCCGGCGUGCAAGAGCAAGGCGAUGGGCGCCAUUUUGAAAAGCAAAUCUGGCAGAGCGUGCCUAUAGAUGACGUCACACCCACAGAAAUGAGUGGGAAAUCUUUCGGGAGCUUAUCGCAAAAAGACGAGAGGGUUGGUGAUGAGGGCGUUGUAGAUCCUAAGACACACAAUGGAGGUUUUGCUUCAAACUCCAACCACGACCACUUAGAACCUUACACCAGAAAACAAUGCUCAGAAAUCUUUCAAGGACAACCGCAACUUUAUACCUUCAAAAAGGUAAGAAAAAAAUCGAUGUCUGUCUGUCUGUCUGUCUGUCUGUCUGUCUGUCUGUCUGUCUGUCUGUCUGUCUGUCUGUCUGUCUGUCUGUCUGUCUGUCUGUCUGUCUGUCUGUCUGUCUGUCUGUCUGUCUGUCUGUCUGUCUGUCUGUCUGUCUGUCUGUCUGUCUGUCUGUCUGUCUGUCUGUCUGUCUGUCUGUCUGUCUGUCUGUCUGUCUGUCUGUCUGUCUGUCUGUCUGUCUGCCUACCUGCCUGCCUGUCUGUCUGUCUGUCUGUCUGUCUGUCCACCCGCCUGCCUAGCCGGUCUGUCUGUUGUCUGUUUGUAUUCAAUACACCGGUGGUAAAGACUUUGGUCGAAACGGUCGGUUGUAUAUGUCAAUAUUUUUUCCAUUCCUAA